AGGCCCUUGUCCAAAGAGGCCCCGGAAGAAAGAGAUUGGGGAGCUGCAGAAGAGUCGCCACUCCUGAGAGAAGGUGCCAGGCUAGGGAAAGUGGAGCUCCAGGGUACUAUCCUGGUUUGAGAGAGCCCUGAUCAUGUCUGGUGUGGUGUUGGGGAGCCAGAUGAUUAAAGCAGGAUGAUCACAGUGAUCAAGCUUGUCCCAGAGAUACUGUGGUUUCUGGGUAACAACUCCAGGAAAGCUUGGUCUCAUGCAUGCAAUUUGGGGCACUCUUCAGACUCUUAUUUCUGUCAUCUACCUCUUGUUCUGCUCUUUAUACCUCAUCUCCCUGCCCCUCUCCUACAUUGGGUUUCCACUACCACCUGAUUUGACAUCGGGAUCCAAGCUGUCCAUUGUUACAGGGUGCCCUUGUCAAUUCCCUGAGGUUCAGGAACUCACAUUCUACCAUCUAUCUCAUAGGAUGCAAUAUCUGGACCUAUCCUGGCUAGGACUGGGGCCCAUGUCAGCCUCACCGUGGCUACUCUUUUUCUUGGUUGGGAUUUCCUGGUUCUUGGCCCGGUUCCUCAUGCAGCUAUACACUUUGUAUGCAAAGUGUCAACGUCUCUGUGGUUUCCCUCAGCCACCCAAGAAGAAUUGGUUUUGGGGUCACCUGGGCAUGUCCCCUCCUACGGAAGAAGGCAUGAAGCAGAUGACUGAGCUGGUGACCACCUACCCCCAGGGCUUCAUGACCUGGUUAGGCCCUAUAGUUCCUCUCAUCACUCUGUGCCACCCUGAUGUCAUCCGAUCUGUCCUCAGCGCCUCAGCUGCGGUUGCCCCAAAGGACGACAUCUUCUACAGCUUCUUGAAACCCUGGCUCGGGGAUGGGCUCUUGGUGAGUGCUGGUGACAAGUGGAGCCGCCACCGUCGCAUGCUGACACCUGCCUUCCAUUUCAACAUCCUGAAACCCUAUGUGAAGAUUUUCAAUGACAGCACCAACAUCAUGCAUACCAAGUGGCUGCGCCUGGCCUCAGGGGGUAGCACCCGUCUGGACAUGUUUGAGAACAUUAGCCUCAUGACCUUGGACACUUUGCAGAAAUGCGUCUUCAGCUUCAACAGCAACUGUCAGGAGAAGCCUAGUCAGUAUAUUGCUGCCAUCUUGGAGCUCAGUACCCUAGUUGUGAAGAGAAAUGAGCAACUGCUUCAGCAUGUGGACCUGCUCUACCGCCUCACACCCGAUGGAAUGCGCUUCUAUAAGGCCUGCCGCCUGGUACAUGACUUCACUGAUGCCGUCAUCCAGGAGCGACGUCGCACUCUGCUGAAGCAUGGUGGUGAUGAUGUCAUCAAGGCCAAAGCCAAGUCCAAGACUUUGGACUUCAUUGAUGUACUGCUGCUAACCAAGGAUGAAGAUGGAAAGGAGCUGUCAGAUGAGGACAUCCGAGCUGAAGCUGACACCUUCAUGUUUAGGGGCCAUGACACCACAGCCAGUGGGCUCUCCUGGAUCCUGUACAACCUGGCGAGGCACCCUGAGCACCAGGAACGCUGCCGGCAAGAGGUGCAGGAGCUGCUGAGGGAUCGUGAACUUAAGGAAAUUGAAUGGGAUGACCUGGCCCAGCUGCCCUUCCUGACCAUGUGCAUCAAGGAGAGUCUGCGGCUGCAUCCCCCAGUCACAAUGGUCUCCCGAUGCUGCACCCAGGACGUUUCCCUCCCAGAUGGAAGGAUCAUCCCUAAAGGUGUCAUCUGCAUCAUCAAUAUUUUUGGAACCCAUCACAACCCAACUGUGUGGCGGGACCCUGAGGUCUAUGACCCCUUCCGUUUUGAUCCAGAGAACAUCCAGGCUAGAUCACCUCUGUCAUUUAUUCCCUUCUCGGCGGGACCAAGGAACUGCAUUGGACAGACUUUCGCUAUGAGCGAGAUGAAGGUGGCGCUGGCGCUGACGCUGCUGCGCUUCCGCAUCCUGCCAGAUGACAAGGAGCCGCGCCGGAAGCCCGAGUUGAUCCUGCGCGCAGAGGGCGGGCUGUGGCUGCGGGUGGAGCCGCUGAGCACCCAAGCACAAUAACCGAUCUAAUUUGCCCUGGCUUUCUUAGUAAGUAAAUAGGCGUGACUCUGCCCUUGUAGAUUGCAAAGCACAAGCAGUGCUGUCACCGGGCAAGCAGGGGCUGCUAAGGAUCCUCCCAGUGGUCAGAGGUAUGGAGUCCAGCUGGUUGAUUUGAACCAAAGAUCCCUGACUUCUCUGGAUGAUCACAGGCCCAACAGCUCCUAAUUUAUGGCACAUGGUUCCUUCAAGCUCUUUGUCACCAAAGCUACCCCACACUAAAUCACGUGGCAUUUCCCACCACCCCCUGAAAAUAUGCAGACGUCAGAUAUUUUCCUUUGUUCAGAUUUUUCUGAAUGCUCAUUCCUGGGGCUCCCCUUCCAUCAUGUUUAUGGUGGCCAUCUCUCUUACUUUUACUAUAGCCUAUACCUCAGAAUAAAAUUGUUCUUGUUUUAAA